GUUUCCUCCCCGCCCGACAGCCCAAUCCUGUUUAUUAUAAUAAUAAUAAUUCUUUCGCUUGGGUUUGGGUUAUUUGGCUGUCUGGGGGGAAAGAAAGAAUUUUUUUUCUUCUAUUCCUUUAUUCGAUAUUCAGCUAACAUUGGGCCCCUCCCUACUACUCAGUGCGACGAAGGCCAUCCCGUCUGCCGAAACUGCGUCAAAAGUAAACGUGAAUGUUUAGGCUACGACCCGGUGUUUAAACCACAGCCGACACCUUCUGCUAUACAACCAGCUCCAAACCCACACCCAUCGCUGGUCGUCAAUCCGCAAGACCCUUCUACCUCGUCGACUCCUUCAUACCCUACUGCUCCUCCUGGCUACGUGCCCGCGGUCUCUCAACCUUUUGCUCCGUCCGAGUCGCCCAGCACCUCCACCGAGAGAUACGACUACGGUGCUCCCAUCGACCCUACCUUGGACGGGAACAGCUCGUCAAAUAUGGCUAGCGUUCAAAAUGCCGUAGAGGGAGGCUUGCAGCCAACUGUCAAUCCGGUGAAUACCACAGCGUCGUCGGACCCUACCAGUUUCCGAGUGAAACAAGUCCAAAUCAGCGAUCUGCUGGCGCUGAGAGGGAUUCCUCCUCCACCUCCUCAUCCCAUCACCGCUAUUGCCCCAAACCGCCUAGAAGAAAUCAAGGCGGUGUUCUUUGCUACAUAUGCUCCUGCUAUUGAUAAGUUCUUCGAGACACGUUGGUUUCAAGAGAAGGCUUUGGCACAUCUUUUGGCCAAUGCCCAGCUUAUGGCCGAGUAUUCUGCCUUAAUCGAGGCAUUCAACGAUCAGAACCUCAGUGACCCGAAUGUAAUCGCACGUCUGGAGAGCUUUGAAGCAUCCGUGGUCUGGAGUUCUAUGACACUGUGUCGGCACGUCAUGAAUGUAUCAAAUGGAAGCCAUGGUCAAGAUUACGAUUUGUUGGCCGCUUCGAAACGGCUGGAUGUCAUCGAGUCCUUGAUUACGGGUGAACAUUUGGACUCGAAUCCCCUGGCUCAGUUUCCUCCGCGAGAAACGCCUUCCAACCCUCCGUCUCUGCCAGAUCAGCUAAUGCAAAGGUCGCUGGAUUUCUGGAGCGCGAUCGGGCACUUUCUUACUCUUCAUGACAACGAGGCCAGCUCAGCUAAAGAGAUUGAUGAUACCCUGGGCCGUUGCCGCACGCUGCUGGACACGUAUGAAAACCGUGAUGUUAUUUAUUCGAUCGCUAUUGCGCGUCAUCUCGGACAGCGUUGGGCGGACUUCCCGCGCAGCUUCCCCCAACCUAUUACAACGAGCGAGAAGGACUCCGGGGCUAAGCUUUACGUUGCACAAAAGUUCCUGGAACAAGAAGCGGGCGGCAAAGGCACCACUCAAGUGAUCAAACGCCUUUGCGGCAUGGUUGUCCGAUCCUGGAUUGUAUCACGCGAGUGAAUCCUCGGGAUUUAUCCGAAUUGCAUUCGGUGGCUCUUUGGCGAAAAUUGUAAUAUGAAAAAAAGCCUCGCACUGGCGAAGUUUUUGCUUUUUUAACGAUGUUUAACUAGAAUUUUUUUUUGAGAGUGCUUAUCUCUUGCCUUCUCAUAUCCCUUCACUUUCAGUGACUAUAUUAUUUUUUAUGAUCAUCAUUUGCUUUUGGUUAUUACUGGUUCGGAGGACGUCAUGGCAUCGGAGUUGAUUGCUUUUCUCAGUUCUGCCCGCAGUUAGGGCACGGACAAGCACCAUGGCGUUCCGGCUGCAUAAGUUCUUACGAAAUACAAUGAUAACACAUCUCUUGUACAGUUCUCAAUUCUGACUCUUUGAAUUCAUAUUCUCAUAAAGUUUUACCAGGGCAGUAUUGUGCCGCAUCGUGUAACCAAACCCUCUGUAUAUACCGACGGGACCGGACUUUCG